UACGUACAUAGUUUGCGUAUGACGUCAUCCAGCCAGCCCAGACGGCGCUGCUGGAGUCAGUGGUGAAGUGUCAGUGUCAGAGCUGCUGGCGUUUCUCGAGGACCGAGCGGCACGUCCUCGGUGCUGGAAAUAGGUGCUCGGGAGACCGUCUGCUAAACGACAAAAAUUGUACUCAUGCCAGAGCCUGCACACUUUUGGCCUGUGGAACCUGCAGAGCUUGUCUGAGCUUGCCAGCACCAGCAGCAGCAGCAGCAGCAGCAGGCCGUUGGGUGCGGAGACACCUGUACUGCGCAAUGGCGCUAUUGACUCUGCGCAGGAUUCCUUCCAUCAGCCCUACUCCUGAUGAAGCCACGCAGAGAACAGGGAGAUUUCAAAAAAGGGAGAGCUUUGCCCUGGUCAAGGGAGCAGUUCUCCUGCUGGAAGAGGCAGAGAGAGAGGACCUACACGAGGACACGCCCCCCCCGAAACAAGAAGACGGCGCUUCAGACACGCGACACCGACACAUACACGCCAUGGUUGAGCUGCUUCGACCAGAGGAUAGCAUCAAACUGGUAACGGACUUAUAUUAUUUUACACCAGUAUUUAUCAGGUACCUCAUUGUCGUCUCCACCCUGGCUAACAAAGACGAGAGCAUCCUGCUGGGCAUGGACUUCCCCAAACAGGAAAGUGACGAGUGCACCAUUGGGUUGGUUCUUCCUAUUUGGAGCGACACACAAGUGUACCUGGAUGGAGAUGGCGGUUUUAGUGUCACCUCAGCAGAAGAAACAAGAAUUUUUAAGCCAGUUUCCAUGCAGACCAUGUGGUCAGUGCUGCAGGCGUUGAACGGAUGCUGCGAGCGAGCCGUCAAAGGCGCCGUGAUUCCGGGCUGCAGUCUAGAGUGGGCCCAGCAUUACCACCAGCACAUUGAAUCGGACCGCUUGUGCCUCAAUGAGUGGGAGGUAAUGAACGACCUGGAGUCGGUCAGGAGGGAUACCGAUAGUCACGGUACUGCUGACAGAAAUGACAAAGAGAUGUUGAUUAAGGAGCAACUGAGAGACAUCAUGAGGACGGAAGACCUAGACAACCUCACGUCUAAAAUGGUCCAUUCGGCCUUGCAGACUCGGAUAGGCUUUGACAUGAGGCCGUUUAAAGAGUACAUCGACAACGAGAUGCUGGUCACCAUGGCUCAGAUGGACAAGCCAUCCAAGAUAUUUGACUACCUUUACUUGGGCUCCGAGUGGAACGCAGCCAACUUUGAGGAGCUGCAGAAAAACAACGUUGGCUACAUCCUGAACGUGACGAGGGAAAUCGACAACUUCUUCCCAGAAUCCUUCACCUACAUGAACAUCAGGGUGUACGACGUGGAGACCACCGACCUGCUCCCCCACUGGUCCGACACGUACAACUUCAUCAACACCGCCAGGAAGAGCGGACAGUCGGUGUUGGUGCACUGUAAGAUGGGCGUGUCUCGCUCCGCCUCCACCGUCAUCGCCUACGCCAUGAAGCAGCAGCGCUGGCCGCUGGACGUGGCCUUGGCCUACGUGAGGGAUCGCCGCGCCAUCAUCCGACCCAACGAGGGCUUCACCAAGCAGCUGCAGACCUACAACGGCAUCCUCCACGCCAGCCGGCAGCGAGACAGCUUGCUCUGGAGGAGGAAGUCCAAAGACCAAAGGCAGAAAUCUCUGCGCAAAGACGACGGCGAUAUGCCAGAUGAGGGCGAGGAGGUGGAGGAGGAAGAGGGAGAUGAAGAAGAGGAGGAUGAGGAAGAGGAGGAUGAUGACGUCACAGAAAGCUCUGAUGAAAAAGAGGAUUCAGGAGAAGAUGUGUUUGAGCAGCCUGACACCACCCAGGAAGAAGCACCGCCCCCGCCAUGUGUCCUCGGUCCCAUCAUCUCUCUUCCAAGUGUGAGUCGCAGUGGAAGGAUGAACCUCUUCUCCCUCAUGCAGUCCAUCAGUGAACAAGACGACGUGGACAAAGGAUGCGAGCAGCUGCCUGCCAGUCCACGGCGAUCGCCACGACAACGGAUGCGGAGCCACGGCCGAAAGAGUCUGAUUCACCAGAACGCCUGCGUGGAUCUUUCACCCGAACCCGCUCACGAAAAACCUUGAAGUGGCCAAAAGGAGAUAAGUCUGGCCUUUUAAAUAAACAAAAACAAAAACUGAAGGACUUCUUAUGAAAUGCCAAGGUUUUUACUUUAUUUUUUUUAAUUUAGCUUGCAUAUUCACAUUUUGCUGGUUGAAAAGCCACAUUAUUUUGUUUAUUUACAUUUCAACUAUGCAAUUAAUUAUUUUAUCCUUAAUGCAAAAAAAAAAGUUUAGUCCAGUGACUUGUGACGUUCACUCAUUGAACGUUUCCUUUCCAAGCUGUAUUUUAUUGUGGACCAAGUUAGGAGUCAGUUUUCUGGUGCAAAGUCUGUAUUCCACUGUGCCAAUGAAUGAUACAUUUCUAUCAGCUGCAGUUGGAUCGCAUUCAUGUUGCAUCCUGGGAGAGAAGUAUUUAUAUUCAGCUUAAAAUGAGGUUACUUUGCAGGAUGAUUGAACAUGCUCAUGUAUUUAUUAUCACACACCAGACAGCCUGAGCCAUCAUCACGCUGUAUGAUCCAGUUCUGCUGUUUGAUUCUGCACAUUAAAAUAAAGAAAAAAAUCUGCUUUCUUUUCA